UGACUGAUGGUGCAAUACCCAAGUGUGAACGUCCAAUGGUAGGGAAAACAUUUGUUAAUCAACAUGGUACCUUAGAGUCAUGUAAAAUCUGUGCCAUUGGCCAAAACAUUGUCGCCAAUUGCUCAACCAAAUCGGAUACCAUAUGUGGUGGGUGCGAACCAGGAUUUUAUUUGAAUGACAAGUCAAAUACUUGUGAAGAAUGCUUCUGGUGUUGUAACCAUAACGAUAGAAAGAGUUUUAUGGACUGUAUCAAAGAGGUAAUGAUGUUGAAAGAGUCUUUUAGUGGGCUUGGACUUCAGCUGCUUUUUUCGUCCUUUGCUCUAAACAGUCAAUUGCAAACUACAAAACAAGAAAGCUCUCUGGUGGAAUAUGUCAAACUUGAUGCUUUCACAGCCUCUAUAAUAGGUCUAUGUGUUGGCCUGACUGUGUAUCACAUCUCUAAACGACAAGGGCAAACUUUGAAAGGUAAAGGUCGAUGCCCAUUUUUAAAUAAUCUUGAAAAAGGACACAGUUUAUCAUUGGAAAAGAAGGACCCUUCUGAAAGUACAGAAACCACUCAAUCCGCACAUUCAGGUAUUAAGAAAGUGGAGUGGGAGCAUCCAAACCAAUAUGGCCCAGGUCAUGUGGUGUUUGAAAAGACAGGGGUUGAGGCUGUUAUCCUUGACAGUAAUAAGUCUACCCUUCAACAAGUGCCAAGCGAUUUGGUGUUACAUGCCACAUCAGAUAAGCUGAAUUUACCAGGAUUACUUAGGGAUGGUGAAUUUCCACUAAGUCCAGCAUUUUAUCUUGUCACAAGGAGCAAGUUAACAGGACCCCUUGAGCUUCAGAUACCUCAUGGUGCAAACAUGGUGCUAUCUUGUAAUAAGUGGAAAAUCAUUUUGAAGGAGUUGAAAAACAAUGAAUGGGUUGUUGUAAGCUAUGUGAAGGGUAGUGGAAUAAAAGAAUUCUUCCCCAAAAGCAACCAUGUUAGUUUUGAGACAGACCAUUUUACAACAUUUGCAGUGGUUGGACACUGUGAAGAACAGUCCUUACCAGUACUCAAAAGAAUGAAGGUCAUGGCAUUUUGUAAUGACACCAGAGUUGGAGAAGACCUUGUUGUGAGGCUGUAUUGCUUUGAUGAUUGUGAGUGGUCAUUUGAGAAUCUUUUGAGGGAGGAGAAGAAGAAAGGAGGAAAGUUUAUGUCAUCAGUGGAAUCUCUUGAUUUUUCUCUUAGUCACAGAGAAGAUGUGGAAAUUGUUGUAAAGGAUGUUGAUGGCUGGAAGCUAAAUAAUGCUUGCCCAAUGAAAAUGAGCUAUGCAUCAGUGAGGAACUCUUUCAGUACAACUCCCAGAUGCAAUCUGGUAUUUAGCCCUGCAACCAGUGAAAAGAAAAACGGCUUUUUUUCCACCAUUGUUUUGACUCAGGCAUCCUCUCAAACUGUAGUGUAUGCAAUCACUGCUAUUAAGAAGGAUCCAAUCCGUUAUGAAAACCAGAGCAUGUUUCCAAAUGCUGUGAAUGAAGGAAAUCAAGUCACAAAUAUAGCAGAUAUCACUGGCAACAGUAGAAAGGGAAAAGAGCAAGACUUCACUGACUGUAUUGUUCAGUUAAAAAGCUUCAUAUUAAACCUGAUGGUCUUCAGAAAUUAUGGGUUUCAAAACUUGAACUUUAGCCAUCAUGAACUAGAUGUAUUACACUGAGUGUCAUAUUGUCUCUAUUUGACCGUGCAACUAGUUUAAACUAAGAAAUUAGAUGAAAGAGUGUUUUUGAAAAGUGAACAUGAUUAGUUUUUACACAGAAAAUUGAGUGUGAGACUCUUAGACUUUUAGAUCUGAAACUCAACUCCUACUAAGUAUAUUUAA